AUGAUUACAGGUCCUAAAUAUUGGGGUGAAACGUAUCGGGAAUGUCGAGGCAAACACCAAAGUCCUAUAAAUAUAAAUAUACUGCGUGUAAAACAAGUUGCUUUACCAGAUAUAGUGUUUAUUGGGUUCGAUGAUCCCAUAGACGAUGUUCACGUUACAAACAAUGGACACACAGUUUUGAUAGAAGUAGAGAAUGAACCACAUCCACGAGUGAGUGGUGGACCCCUGGAUGGUAAUUAUGUGUUCAGUCAGAUGCAUUUCCAUUGGGGAGACAAUGAUACCUUCGGAUCGGAAGACAAAAUUAAUCAUCGAAGUUUUCCUAUGGAAUUACAUAUGGUGUUCUAUAAAGAAGUAUAUAAAUCGGUGAAGGAAGCUAUUAAACACCCGGAUGGCCUAACUGUUCUUGCGUUCUUCUAUGAGCUCGAUCGUCACAACCAUCCCGCCUACGAUGAUAUAACCUCAGCGUUGACAAACGUCACCGACCCACAUACAACAGUAGUAAUGAGCCAGCCGUUCUCUUUCCUCAACAUCCUGCCUCUGGAUUUAAGACGAUAUUUCACGUACAAGGGUUCAUUGACCACACCACCGUGUUCUGAAGUCGUUAUAUGGCUGGAUUUCGAACAACCCGUCAGAUUGGCCCAUGAACAGAUUGAAAUCUUCAGAGAACUUCGCUCGGCCAAUGGGAAGAUCAGACACAAUUUCAGGCCAAUACAGCCUAUAGGCGAUAGGACAGUAUUCUAUAAUGUAGACAAUAAUUAUUUCACAUACAACGAAAUUGACGAUCCUGACAUUGAAAAAACAAAGCCGAAGCAGAAGAAAAGCGGACACAACAGCGGCAGUAACAUACAACUAAAUAUGAUUUACUUAUUUAGUGUUUUAUUAAUCUUAGUAAAAAAUUACUACUGA